AGUGUACGUAACGACUGCAGUGUGUGGCCCCGCCCCUCUCCAUUGACGGCAAAAUGGCGACGGAGAGCUGUGAUGCCUUGAACAUGGACCCUGACAUGGAUCUGCUCAGUGACGAAGAAUUAGAAAGAGAAGCGGAGGGCUUCAAAGAGCAAGGCAAUGCCUUUUAUAUCAAGAAGGAUUACGCAGAGGCGUUCAACUAUUACACCAAGGCCAUAGACAUGUGUCCAAAGAAUGCAAGUUACUAUGGAAACCGGGCAGCCACGCUAAUGAUGUUGUGUCGGUACAGAGAGGCUUUAGAGGAUUCUCAGCAAGCAGUACGACUAGAUGAAGACUUUAUGAAGGGCCAUCUGCGAGAGGGCAAGUGCCACCUGUCCCUCGGCAAUGCCAUGGCUGCCAGCCGCUGUUUCCAGAGGGUUCUGGAGCUGGAGCCUGACAGCAGCCAGGCCCAGCAGGAGCUGAAGAAUGCAGAAUCCAUCCUUGAAUAUGAGAGAAUGGCAGAGAUUGGAUUUGAGAAGCGAGACUUCAGGAUGGUUGUGUUUUGCAUGGACCGUGCUCUGGAGACUGCUGCAGCCUGUCACCGGUUCAAGAUACUGAAGGCAGAGUGCUUAGCCCUGCUGGGACGCUACCCUGAGGCUCAAUCUGUAGCCAGUGAUAUUCUGCGAAUGGACUCCACUAAUGCGGAUGCACUGUACGUGCGAGGUCUCUGUCUGUACUACGAGGACUGCAUUGACAAGGCUGUCCAGUUCUUUGUCCAGGCCCUGCGCAUGGCUCCCGACCACGACAAGGCUCGGCUCGCCUGCAGAAAUGCCAAAGCACUCAAAGCCAAGAAGGAGGAGGGGAACAAGGCGUUCAAGGAGGGGAACUUUGAGGCCGCCUACGAGCUCUACUCUGAAGCACUAACAAUAGACCCCAACAACAUCAAGACUAAUGCCAAGCUGUUCUGUAACCGGGCCAAUGUUGGAUCGAAGCUGAAGAAACUAGAGCAGGCCAUUGACGACUGCACGAAGGCCAUUAAACUGGAUGAGACCUACAUCAAGGCCUAUUUGCGGAGAGCACAGUGCUACAUGGACACGGAGCAGUACGACGAGGCCGUGCGAGAUUAUGAGAAGGUUUACCAGACGGAGAAGACAAAAGAACAUAAGCACUUCCUGAAACAUGCCCAGCUGGAGUUGAAGAAAAGCAAGCGGAAAGAUUACUACAAGGUGCUCGGGGUGAAUAAGAACGCCACCGAGGAGGAGAUCAAGAAAGCUUACCGCAAACGGGCGCUUUUACAUCACCCAGACCGCCACAGCGGGGCCAGCCCCGAGCUGCAGAAGGAAGAGGAGAAGAAGUUUAAGGAGGUGGGCGAGGCUUUCAGCGUGCUUUCAGACCCAAAGAAGAAGACCCGCUACGACAGCGGUCAGGAUCUGGAGGAUGACAGCAUGAACAUGGGAGCAGAUUUUGACGCCAACAACAUUUUCAAGGCAUUCUUUGGAGGUCCGGGGGGUUUUAGUUUUGAAGCGUCUGGACCAGGAAAUUUCUUCUUCCAGUUUGGUUAACUGGAGGACUCGUCGACCUAAAGAGUUACUACAUCAGGACUUUUCAACAAUGUCAACCCCCGACCCACCAUCAGUAUUUAAUGACUAAUUGCAAGUCACUUUCCUGUCUAUGCCAUUGACUGAACGAAUGCAACCCAACGACCACAUGCAACAAAUGAUUUAAAGCCUGUAUAGCAAGGACACCAAGUGAUAGCGUUACCGGUUUUUGAUUUUUGUUUUAUUCUUUUCAGAAUGAAACAAACUUUAAAGUCAGUAAUGGCUAGCAACGCUGGGCCAAAUAUUUUCUGGAUUUUUUGAGAUAUUAUAUCAGAGCUUUUAGGGAUCCAUGCAGGAAGUGACAUCCUGUGAAACCCUUGAGAUGCAACUGAGCAGUGAGCACGCUAUUAUCCGGCUCGUCUCAACUUACCGCUGAGGGGGGGCAUCCUCUGCAUGAAAGUUAUUAACUUGCUUAAUGAUUACUGAAGAAAAUCACUUUAGCAAGCAGCACCUUCCCCUUUUUGAAGAAUCUGUCAAGACAGACAGGCUGCUGCAAAUUCGCACUGAAAACUGCCUCCUUGUCAUAAGCCAAUAGAAGCACUUGAGCAUUUUUUUUUUGUUAUUCACAGCUGGAGUCCUAGACCUGCACUUACAGUACAGCUGAAGCACAUUAGAAAGACUGCAGCGGAGACAGCUGUGCAGGCUGUGUUGCCGGCAAAGUCCCUCUCCCUCUUGUUGUCGCAAGUUUUAUGUUUGAUGUUGCCAUCCACAGAUUGCUGCAUCGUACAUUUUACUGGAAUGUAAAGUGUUGAUUUGUGAUAGUUUUUUUCCAUUUUUUUUAUUUUGAUAUGUAUAUUUAUUGUAAAUUUGCUGUCUGAGAACCAUCGGACACUUUUCUGUUAUGUAAAAGUUUGAAAGAGAUUAUGAGCAUCCCUUUGACACAAAGUGGGGGACAUAAAUGUUUUGCUUGGUCUGCAGACCUAGAUUAUGCUCCGUGUGUUCCAUGACUGUAAUGCAAGCUGCCUAAUUUACUCAACGCAACUGAUAAGAAUAUGAAAAGAACAAAUAUGUGUUUGCUAUUGUCUAAGAAAGUCGGGCACGUCGUGAAGAUGGAUACCUGGUAAUGUUCAGUUACUUCCUGAUGAGUGUGUUGUUCUUUGCACUUAAUGAAGAAAAGAAAAGCGACCUCAUCUUUGCGCUCAUUGUUUUUGCCCUUAUGGUGAAACCAUCCCAACCAGCCAUGUCAAUAAAGAUGGCCUCUUCUGGGUUUCCUCUAA